AUGGGGGAGCCCAUGGAUGUCGAUGAUCAAGGAAGGCUUCUGCAAGAUAAUUAUAUGGACACAUCGAUAGAGGAUUAUCAUAAUGUACCUUCCAACGUUCUUGGAGCUUGCCUAAGAAAAUGCGUUUUAAUGGAACCAUCCACAAUUGAAAUCGAUGUCAAUGGAUAUGAACUAAUCCAGAAACACAAGCUUCUCUUUCGAACGAUGGAAAAGACCAAGAAUAGUUCUGAACCAGCUGAUGAAACCACUGGCUCGAUAUUCCAGUUUCCACGAGAUCCGUUUCAAAAGGUCUAUGCAGUAGGAGCAACGUAUUUCGACGAAAAUAAUGGUGUCAUCCAGAAACUUGAAGGGAAAAUAUACAAAGUCAAAGAAGCGAAAGUCUUGUUUGAUUACGCUAAUAGACAGAGUAUGACCGCAGCGAGAAUUGAACUCGAAGAUCGUGGCGACAAAUUUCAAUAUUUCUUCGGCCCCUGUCCAAUUGGCUGUUGCUCUAUCGAAGUAAAAUUUGUACUUGGCAAAACGAUGCAAAGAGCACGUCCACAAGCGGAAACUUUUGAAUCUUGUCUUCCACUUCAUGUUGGCCGAACUAGAUACCGCCCAGAUCAUCAAGUGCAAUAUAUUCAUAGUCAUCGCUUUGUCGAAGACAUAACUAUAAGAAUGAUUCACGGAACUGACAAUAACAUCGAACUCAGUGCAGCUGUUGACGAUUAUGAAGUAAAUGUUGAACUAACGCCAGUUAAAAAUAUGCAUCUUGGCGUAUACUCUGGUGGGGAACACAUGCAUGAAUAUAAAGUCACUUUUCCUGAUGGCAGGCCGAAUAUCUCUCAAAGUGGGCAGUACUCUGCGAUUCUCAACAUCAGUGUCACUUACGAUAAUUCAAGCAAUGAGGAGCAAUCCUUUAAGGACAGCAAAAAAUAUGCGGAACGAGUCCGAAUCGAUGGACUUCCCAAUAACUAUGGAAACAUUCUAUCAUUUGACAUUUCGCCCAAGAUGAUCGAAGAAAAGCUAAAAGAAAAAAAUGUAUCCAUAGAAAGACAAGGCAAGACUGCAAGAGAAUUGACCUUCUUUAUCGACCGAUCUGGAACAAUGGUUGGUCAACCACUACGGGAGGCAGUUUAUGGAACAUUGUUACUUCUACGAAGUGUUCUUCGAAAAGACGAUUCUUUCAGAAUUGUUUCGGUUGGUUCAAGAAGUGAAUACUUGAUGCUCAACAACAGGGAUGAAUUUACAGCAAGUGAUCUACACAAUGACCAGAACCAGAGUCCAGUCGAAAUUGAGAUGAGCAGAUUUACAGCAAACAUGAACGAAACAAAGCUGUUAGAACCAAUUCAAAUUGCGAUAAAUCGACGAACAGAAAAAGAUCGAAUAUUCAUUCUCAUCACAGAUGGACUUUUUGGUCGGCCAAGGCAGGCUCAAGGGAAUAAUGAUGCGAAUUUUCUUGCAGAUGAGUUUGAAGAAACGAGAACAAUUAUUGAGCAUGAAACCGCGGGUACUCGAGCAGGAGCCUUCCGUUUUUUUGCAGUUGGAGUUGGCAGAAACUCAAACCAAAUGGGAUGUGACGAGCUUGCAAGAGUCGGCAAAGGAAGUUUCAUUCACGUGCCUUUGAGACAUCGACUUCAAAGUGAAAUGCUCAAACUUGGUGAUCAUAUUCAACUCAAUCACUAUGAGCUGACAGACAUCAAGCUAACUGACGGAGAAGGAGAUGAUUUAGCUGCCUUUCCAGGUCCUGGAUUAAUGCUAACAAGGGACAGUUUACUACCACAAUGGGAACUCUUUGGACUAAAUGAUGAACCAUUUAAACAUCUUAUUCGAAAUGGUUAUCUGCAAUAUCUUAGCCGCUUUCAAAGUCUUCAAAUUUAUGGCAAUGAUCGUGUGCAUUAUCAUCUUCCAGAUCUCACGCCACAGGAAAUCAAAGAUAAUGUAAAGGUCAUAAUAGAAAUAAAUUCUCAACACUUCAUUGAUAUCGACAUAAGUGAUGCAGUUACUUUACUUUCCAAUGUCGAAAAAAAUGUAAGAAACAAUGAUGCGUUAUUUCCAUUGAAAAGUUAUGGUUAUCAACAAUCUGCCUUUUUGUCGAGUUUUAAAUAUCCAAUACCUGAAAUCAACGGCUACGAUCUUCUCACAGAGUUCGCCUUGAAGACCAAAAUCAUGGUCUUUAAAAAGACAAGUUACGGCUGGUUCGACAUGAACGAAGGAGUGGCAAAGAAUGUGAUAGAUCAAGCAAGGGCUAAUGAAGAGGCUAUCAGGCCUAUGGAAAUUCAAGAGAUCUCUGCUCAAAAUUACGAUGCAUAUUUUGGCUCCGGCCGACAAAACCAGGGUUUCGCGCACAACGUGCAAGUUGGCGGAGUCGGUGGUCGCCCACAAGGAGGAGAUUAUGCUGGUGGAAAUCAGGGAGUCCCUGGACAACGACGUCCGACUUUCGGAAAGCCCCCACCAGCGGGAGGAGCAAGUGCGAUGCGAAAACAUCGGAAGCAGAACAAAUACGGCGUCAGAUACCAGAAUACCAUUUUGCCCAAACCGACCUACAUUCCUGAGGACAAGAACUUUACUCCUCUUCUUCUUCAAGCUGAUCGUACCUGGAUUUGGAGAAGCAAGCAGCAAACUUGGGAGCAAAUCAGAAAGUACUUGGCCUUCGAAGAAGAUAUUCACCCACCUAUGCUCGUCAAAGAACUCUUCAAACAAAACGGCAAAUUUGCGGCGAAGUUCAACUUCUCCAGAGAAAACGAGGCCCAAGAACGAGACGAUGUGAUUGUGACACUAUUCGUGUAUGCAAUCUUCGAAAAACGCUGCGAAAGAAAACGGGACAUCUGGUCACGCUCCUGGCGCGAUACGCUGGCAACAAUGAGCAGCAAAUUUGGUGCAAAAGAAGAGGAUGUCAAAGCUCUCAAGCAAGAAAUUCUCCAGUUCAUCUACAAAAAAGGCCUGAUUCUUCCAGAACGCUACUAA